AUGUCCAACAAGCAGCAAGUCCUCUCAUCCGAGGCCGUCUUGGAAAAAUACGGCAAGGCUCUUGUCGGCAAGACAGUCCUGAUUACCGGAGUAUCUGAUGACUCCAUUGCCGGAGAGCUAGCUGUCCAGCUGGCCAAUGUCGAUCCAAAGCUGCUUAUUCUCAGCGCUCGUGCUGAAUCAAAGGUCGCUCCUAUUAUGCAGAAAAUUCAGAAAGCAAAGCCGAAUGUCCAAACGCGUUUUCUGAACAUGGACCUCGGCAACUUGAGUGCCAUCCGCAAGGCAGUGGAUCAUGAUCUCAAGGGCGUUCCUCAGAUUGACCAUCUCGUCUGUGCAGCGGGAGUCAUGGCAUGUCCGUACAGCAAGACCGUUGAUGGAUUCGAAUCGCAGCUUGGGGUCAACUUCCUCGCUAACUUUUUGCUUGUGAAACUGCUCUUGCCGAAGAUCAAGGCUGCUGGUCCAUCCUCGUCUGUCAUAAUCGUGGCUAGCUCUGCAGUUAGACAGGGGAAAGUGCACUUUGAUGACAUUGGCUUCAGCCAGGAUGGCAAAACGUACGAGCCUAUGGUCGCAUACUGUCAGUCCAAUGUUGCGCGAGUGAUGUUCGUGAAAGAGCUUGCCGAGCGACUAAAAGGACAGGGGGUGCGCACUUGUAGUAUUGAUCCAGGUGCUGUGCGGUCUGGGCUACAACGGCAUUUCACUUCCGAGUUCACGAAACAGAUUGAGGAGUGGAGAAAAGCUGGACCUUUGACCGACAUGGAUGGCAUCCCUUUCACAAUUCCACCGUGGACUUCGAGGUCCGAAGGAGCAGCCACAAUGAUCACUGGCAUGAUCGACCCUACCAUCGCAGAUUUGAAUGGAUCGUAUUUGAACAAGAACGCCGUUUCAGAUGACGAGCUGCACACGCAUGUUAGGGAUAAGCAAAACUGGAAGCGUCUCUGGGAGCUAGGCGAAGAGUUUGUUCAGGAGAAGUUUUCGCCUUGA